AUGCUGGAGCUAUUGCUGCCGACGGCUGCUGCGAUCGCCUAUGGGCUCGACAAGAAAGGAGGCGAGCACAACGUGCUGAUCUUCGAUCUCGGAGGCGGCACGUUCGACGUCUCACUGCUAACUAUUGAAGACGGGAUCUUCGAGGUCAAGGCGACGGCGGGUGACACGCACUUGGGCGGUGAGGACUUCGACAACCGUCUGGUCGAGUUCUUCGUGACCGAGUUCAAGCGUAAGCACCGCAAGGAUAUGACGUCCAACCAGCGAGCUCUGCGUCGUCUUCGUACGGCGUGCGAACGCGCCAAGCGGACGCUGUUCACUUCGGCGCAGGCGUACAUCGAGAUCGACUCGCUGUAUGACGGCGUGGACUUCAACUCGACCAUCACGCGCGCGCGGUUCGAAGACUUGUGCAGCGAUUAUUUCCGCAAGACCAUGGAUCCUGUUGCGCAGGUUUUACGAGACUCUAAACUGUCCAAGAACCAGGUGAACGAGAUCGUCCUGGUCGGAGGCUCGACGCGCAUCCCGAAGGUGCAGCAGUUGCUGAAGGAUUUCUUCAACGGGUAG